AUGCGCCUCAUCCUCCUGUCCCUGCUGAGCAGCCUCUGGCCCCUGCUCUGGGCGCGCCGCGCCGCGCUGCCGGCGCUGCUGUCGCUGUCGAUGGUGAUGUUCACCUUCGUGGUGGUGUUCAUGCAGGGCCUGGCAGAGUACAUCAUGGACGCGGGAGAGGGCGACAAGCAGACAGUCGAUUCGGUGAGGGUAUGGUUCAGCAGCUUCUGGGAGUCGUUUCUGACCCUGUUCAAGGUGAUCACCGGGGGCAUCAACUGGCAAGACGUGCACAACCCCCUCGAGAGCGCGUCUUUCUGGUACGGAAAUCUGUUCGUGCUCUACGUCGCGAUCAUGGUCUUCGGCGUGCUGAACGUCAUCACGGGUAUUUUCGUGGAGUGCGCGGUCACGAAAGCUCGUGCGGACACAGACCUGUCUCUCCAGGAGGAGGUUGACCGCGAGAAGAGCAUGAUGAUGCAGCUCAUCCAGCUGUUCAGGGUCAUGGACGCGAACAUGAGCGGCACCAUUUCGCACGACGAGUGGGAGGCGUUCACGCGGCAGCCGAACGCCAAGGCGAUUCUGACUCUUAUGGACCUCGACAUCCACAAGACCCACCAGAUCUUCGCCCUGAUCGACGCUGACGGAAGCAACGAGGUCGACCUCGAGGAGUUCGUCAUGGGGUGCAUGAAGCUGCAGGGCGGCGCCAAGACGGUCGACCUGGAGGCCAUGCUGCAGAACAACAAGGUGCUCGUGAGGAAGAACCUGCACCACCUUCACAACCUGAGCCGCCAUUUCAAGAAGCAGCUGGACGUGCGCCUCAAGACAACCGACACGGAAGUGAGGCGGCUGCACGAGGUGACCGAGAGCAUGGCGCUCCUCCUCCGCGAGCAUGGCUUCCUGACCACCGCCCGCGACAGCAACGGCCUCCUGGCGCCCCCGUGCCGAGAUGACCGGCGGCGCCCGACGGCCGCGCCGCGCCCCGGGCAGCCCGGCGCGCGGCCGGUGGCGAGCGAACCCGUGCCACCCGCGGCCGAGCGCCUCUGA